CCCGCCGCCUCCCUCAAAUAGGCUGCGCUUGGGCGGGGAGAGCUGGAGACCCGAGACAUCCCACAGCUAAUAGCCGGACGACGCUGAGCGAUCCUAUUGGAAAAGGACGACAUGAGCUAUUGGGGACGACGGGGACAGGCUUCUGGCUGGGACCGCGACAACACUUCAACUGUUUACAUAGAUGGCAACUGCAAAAAUAAUGGAAGAGAUGGUGCACGAGCAGGAUUCGGAGUCUCCUGGGGACCUAACAAUCCUCUAAAUGUAAGUGAGAGGGUUUCUGGACGGCAGACAAACCAGAGAGCUGAACUGCAGGCAGCCCACAGAGCAAUUGAACAAGCAAGGAGCCUCAACAUGGAUAAACUCACUAUUAAAACUGAUAGCAAGUUUGUCGUCAGAGGCAUGACAGAAUGGAUUGAUAACUGGAAAGAAAAUGGAUGGAAAACAGCCUCUGGAAGGGAUGUUGUCAACAGAGCAGAUUUUGAGAGGAUUGAUCAAGCUUCCCAAGGAAUGGAUAUUCAGUGGAGAUUCCCAUUUUUAGUACAUGUGACUUUUAACAUUUUGGGGAUACUUGAAAACGGGACUAGGAUGAAGCAUUACAGGAGAAGAGUAGUAAGCACAGGUCAACGGCAGAAGUAUACUUUCGAAACUCAGCAUUGGAGAAGUAUGUUCCUUCUCAUUCCGGCAUCAGAGGCAAUGAAGACGCUGAUAGACUGGCCACAGAAGGAUCUAGAAAAUAAGAACUUUCCUCAUAGGAGUUACUGUCCUCUUGGAGAGCUGUAUCUGCUGACACCCAUUUCCAAAACCAUCCUGCCAUGAGCAUCUCUAUGUGUAGAACUUGUCUGCUCACCUUUACUUGUUUCUACCUUUUUCUGUUGCUGAUAGUACCAACCUCUUUGUCAAGUACAGUGUAAUAAAAGCAAACUUCCUGCUCAGCAA